CCGGAGUGUCCUGAGGAGCCCCGGAGGGAUGGUGGGAGAUGGCAGAUGAAGGAAUGAUGGGAUCGCUCCGUGGAAGGAGGCUGGAAUGGGUGGAAAUCAUCGAGCCUCGGACCCGGGAGCGCAUGUACGCCAACCUCAUCACGGGGGAGUGCGUGUGGGACCCGCCCGCCGGGGUGCGGAUCAAGCGCACCAAUGAGAACCAGUGGUGGGAGCUCUUCGACCCCAACACCUCCCGCUUCUACUACUACAAUGCCACCACGCAGAGGACGGUGUGGCACCGUCCCCAGAACUGCGACAUCAUCCCGCUGGCCAAGCUGCAGACGCUGAAGCAGAACACGGAGUCGCCGCGGGCUUCCACGGAAAACAGCCCCGGCAGGAGCAGCAAUGUCAGCAGGGAGGGAAGCACCAGCUCGUCCUUGGAGCAGGAGCUGGAGGGCAACGAGAAGGUGCAGGAGCAGCGCUCGAGCCGCCAGUCCAGCCAGUAUUCCGUGGUGAAGGAGGAAACGGAAAGUUCGUCGCCUUCCGGAGUGUUCGAGAAGGAAUACGACAUUUAUCGGGAUUACAGCUCGGAAGGACAACUCCUGCACUACAGGACCUCAUCCCUCCGAUGGAACGCCGGCACCAAGGAGCGGAUGUUGAUCAAGGUGACGGAUCGGGAGCCCAGCUUCCUCCUCCACCAAGGCAACGGCUACGCCCCGGAAAACCAAGCUGGCUCCCGCUCCCGCCGGCCCUCGGGCGGCCAGCAGUCGCCCAACCUCCAAACCUUCUCCUCGGACACCGACAACUCCGUCUUCUUCCCGGAGAGGAAGCAGUCGCCCUUCCUGAAGAGGGCCGAGCACGUGGGCAGCUGCUCGCCGCUGCUGGGCCGGGGCGAUUCCUUCUGCUCGCCGCUCCAAGCCCAGCACCGCAAACAUUCCAGCGAAUCCCAGCCCUCGUCGCCCCGCUACGCCUACGAGCCCCCGCUCUACGAGGAGCCCCCCAUGGAAUACCAGGCUCCCAUCUACGACGAGCCGCCCGUGGACAUGCAGUACGAAGCCAGCGGGAGCUACAAGGCCGGAUCGCCGCAGAAAUCGCCCAUCCGCAAGCCUCACCCUUUCCUCCAGUCGCCCAAGCAAGGCUCCAACUCGCCCUACCAGCAGUUGGUGCUCACCAAGCAGAAGUGUCCCGACCGCUUCAUGAGCCUGGAAUACAGCCCGGCCGGCAAGGAGUACGUCCGGCAGUUGGUCUACGUGGAGCAGUCGGGCUCCAGCCCCAAGAUGAAGACGGGCUUGAGGCACAAAUAUUCCCCCAACCCCAUCGGCGGCUCCUACUCGCUGCAGCACAGCCCCUGCCUGGUGCGGGACCAACGCCUGGAGAUCAAAUCGGGCGACUACAGCAGCAUGGAGGGACCCGACUUCUGCCCCGGCCCCACCGGGGCCCAGGUGGCCCAGGGCGAGGACUCCAUGUCGUGGUCCAGCCAGCAGGACACCUUGUCCUCCACCGGUUACUCGCCCUCCACCAGGAAGAGGAAAAGCCGGAAGCCUUCGGUGAACCACGACGCCAACGCCUCCUCCACGGACGGCUCAGGGGAGCGGGAGGUGUUGGGCGAGCUGGGUGAGGAACGAGCCACGCCGGGGCCCAACAGGUCGCCGAUGAACCGGACGGAGAGCAAGGCGGCCGAGGCGGAGGCGGCGCGGGGCUUCCCGGAGCCGUUCCUGGCACAGGCGCGCCUGGCGUGGGAAGCGCAGCAGGCUCACUACCACAUGAAGCAACGGAGCAGCUGGGAUUCCCAAAAGGACGGUUCGGGCUACGAGAGCGACGGGGCCCUCCCGCUGCCCAUGCCGGGCCCGGUGGUGCGAGCCUUCAGCGAGGACGAGGCGUUGGCGCAGCAGGAGAACAAGCACUGGAAGAGGAACACCUUCGAGAAGCUGGGCUUCCCCCAGAUCCUGCUGGAGAAGAGCGUCUCCGUCCAGACCAACCUGGCGUCCCCCGAGCCCUACCUGCAUCCAUCUCAGUCCGAGGACCUCGGCGCCUGCGCGCAGUUCGAGAGCAGCCGGCAGACGCGGAACAUGAUGCCGAGCGCCAGCUGCGUCUUCCCCACCUUCAACCUGCGCAAGCCCUCCUCGGAGACGGACAUUGAGAACUGGGCCUCCAAGCACUUCAACAAGCACACCCAAGGGCUCUUCCGCCGGAAGGUCUCCAUCGCCAACAUGCUGGCCUGGAGCAGCGAAUCCAUCAAGAAACCCAUGAUCAUGACCAACGACCGCAACGUCAAGAAGGAGGCGUGCGAGAUCUUCAAGCUCAUCCAGAUGUACAUGGGCGACCGGCGGGCCAAGACGGACCAGCUCAACGUGGCCUUGGAGAUCGCCACCAAAGGUUGGAGCAUGCAGGGGCUGCGAGACGAGCUCUACAUCCAGCUGUGCCGGCAGACCACCGAGAACUUCCGUUACGAGAGCCUGGCCCGCGGCUGGGAGCUCAUGGCCAUUUGUUUGGCCUUUUUCCCACCCACUCCCAAAUUCCAUUCCUACCUUGAAGGAUACAUUUACCGGCACAUGGAUCCGGUGAAUGACACCAAAGUCUCGCGGCACCUGCGGCACCUCCUGGCAAGGACCAAUCAGAAGAAACCCAAAUUGCGCAAGAAACCCAAGCCCCAGAGCGAGGAGAUCCCGGGGGUGGCCAUCAGCACUUACGCCAAGUACUGCUACAACAAACUCCAGAAGGCGGCGCUGACCGGGGCCAAGAAGGGCCUGAAGAAGCCAAACAUCGAGGAGAUCCGUCACGCCAAGAACGCCGUCUUCAACCCGUCCAUGUUCGGCAGCUCCCUGCAGGACAUCGUGGCCAUGCAGAAGGAGCGGUACCCGGACCGGCAGCUGCCCUGGGUGCAGACCCGGCUCUCCGAGGAGGUCCUGGCACUCAACGGGGACCAGACCGAGGGCAUCUUCAGGGUCCCCGGUGACAUCGACGAGGUCAACGCCCUCAAGCUGCAGGUGGACCAAUGGAAGAUCCCCACCGGCUUGGAGGACCCGCACGUUCCCGCGUCGCUGCUGAAGCUGUGGUACCGCGAGCUGGAGGAGCCGCUGAUCCCCCACGAGUUCUACGAGCAGUGCAUCUCCCACUACGAGAACCCCGAGGCCGCCAUCGCCGUCGUCCACUCCCUGCCCCGGAUCAACAAGAUGGUGCUGUGCUACCUCAUCCGCUUCCUCCAGGUCUUCGUGCAGCCGGCCAACGUGGCCGUCACCAAGAUGGACGUCAAUAACCUGGCCAUGGUGAUGGCCCCCAACUGCCUGCGCUGCCAAUCGGACGACCCGCGGAUCAUCUUCGAGAACACGCGCAAGGAGAUGUCCUUCAUCCGUGUCCUCAUCCAGCACCUGGACACCAGCUUCAUGGAGGGCGUCCUAUAGCGGCUGC